GGCACUUCCAGUAUCAGUCUGAAGACAGUGUUUGCCGCGAGGUGAAAAAGAAAAAUCAGAGCAGCACGACAUUCAGAGGCAGAGGACAGCUCCCAUCAAACAAAAUUAAAAAUGAGACGCUGCAGCUCAGAAGAUGUUUGUGAGGAUGCGUGCAAGAACAAACUGCUGGACACCUUUGCCUCCCUCGCCCGGCUCCUUGAAUUCCAGACAGCGGUUGAAAUGGCUGACAUCCUGCUGAGCAAACAGAAGAUCAACCUGUCGGAAUACCUGGAGCUGCACUGCAGCAAGGACGUCCGGCAGUUCCUGCUCAUGAUGCUGAAAAAGCCGAAACGAGACCAGGAGUUAUUCUUAAAGACCCUGCAGGAGAAGAACUGGUGCUUGUACAAGCAGGCAAUGAAAGAAGCAUGCGAGAUGAAAAACUGCUUGUUGUGUCGGCAGCCAGGCUCCCCAGCCCACCCUCAAGAACCAAGGAGAAGAAAGGGAUCAGAAACCAUGGAUGAAGUCCCAGCAAAGAGAAAGCCCUUCAAAUCGAGUGCUUUUCACCACAAACACAUGGUUGGCAUUCAUGGAGACGACGAGGUGGACUCUGCUCGUGGCCUGAGUGGGUACACCCUGUCGAAGAUGGAGGAAUAUGUGGACAGGUCAGGGAACUGUGAAAGAUUAAUAAAGGAACUGAGGGAAAAGCUGGAGGAGGGAGAGAUGGAGAAACUGGAAAACAAGCUGAGACACAUGCAGACAAAAAAUGGCUUCAUUUUUAACUGGAGCACUGCCAGGAAGCUGACUUCCAAUCAGGAGCUGAGGAGUUUCCUGAUUGGUGGUAACCGGAGGAUAUUUCCCACCAUUGUCCUGAAUCAGUUCUUUCGGGUGAGGCUGAACCAGCGUUCUGGUGUUUGCUCAGAGCUGGGGGAAAGCACCGAUGAGAAACAGACAGCUAAUGAAAGUACCCACCCAACAUGCAGUGAUCCAGUCAUCCCUUUUCUGGACAGUGUUUCUCCUUCAGCUAUGGUUGAGCAGAAGAUUUACCCAAAACCUCUAUCUUCUGUGGAUCAGUCUACUCUAGUAUCUGCCCAUGGCUCUGACAAGAAUCAAAGUGUAGAGGACCUGAAAGGCGAAGAGGAGAACAACUGUAGCCCCAGUCUCAACAGCAGUGGUUACAACUCUUUUAGCAGCUCCAUUUCAGAGAAGACAAUUGAAACAAUUCCGAAUUCUGACAGGUCAUGCAUUCCAGAAGAGUCUGUGCCAAGAGCACCCUGUGGCAUCAGCCCUGGCGAGCGCUCUGGAACAUUUGAAGAUGGCACAAGGACCUUCAACAGUGAGGUUGAAGGCCCAUCUGGAACAAAAGGUUCUGGAUCAGUAAGUACUCUGACCCUUAAAAAAAAAUGUCUCUCUGGAACAAACACGGGAAAUGAUACUGGGAAAAAAGUGGAUAUUCUGUUUGAAGAGUCAAACCACAUGCUUGAGAGAAUUAUGAAUGACACCGAUUCGAGUCAAAGCCCUACACUGUUUCAGAAGGAUCUACAUGUCUCAGAUGAGGUUGGCAAGCAGAAAGAGGAAGAUUUGGGGAAAGAAUGCUUCUCUCUGUCAAAGGCUAAAGCAUGCUCAUCUCUCUCUGAGGAAGCACAGUCCAAUUACUUUGGCACCAACACAAUAGCAAGGAGGGCAAGCAAAGUGACCUCUUCUUCUAGAGAAAGGGCAUCAUUGGACUCAGAGAUCUGGCUAGAUGAUGAUGGUCUGGUUCUCCAGAAGACCCGGCCUACAACAAGGGCUCCUUCUGCAGAGUCAGCCAGAUCAACCACACGGAACAAUGAGACAAAGGAACAGAUCCGUACCCAAAAGGGAUCAAGGACGUCACAGAAAAAGCAGAAUGAUCAGCAGAAUGAUCAGCAAAAGAAAAGGUCCAUGCUGAAGGAAUGGGCAAGUAAAAAAGUAUUUUGCUUGAAAGGAGGCACCAGUGAGGAGGAGAAGAUGGGAGCAGUCCGAGCAGGGAUCUCAAUCAUAAACCUCAAAGAGCACAAGCUGUACCCCUGCCUGGUGGCUGAGCAGUGCCUGGUGUUUGAAGACCCCGAAACUAGUAAGAGAAGGAUCAUUGAGAUUGGGGAAGUGGGGAAAAUCCUGUCCAAGAAGAAAGGGGAGUUUACUGAAGAGUUUGGUUUCAAGCUGCAGUUCCAAAUGGGGGUGUUUGUAGACAUCUGUGAGACUGAUGUGGUCUUACCUGGAAAAAUAAGAACAAUUGCUUUUGAUGAGCUUCUUUUUGAGAAGGUGCUCAAAACAUUCUUGAAAUAUAUCCACGAGGCCGUGCUUCCAGCUCUUGCUGUUUUUAAGAAGGUUCAGAGGGAGACCGACUUGUACUAAGCCAACUUGGGAAUCCACUGUAAUGGACUGAGAGAUGUUCCUUGGACAGGAAUACUGAACGGCUCUUUCGCUUCUUUUCAUAGAAACUGCCAACAUGCAUGGAUUGGGCUCUCCAGUGAAAUUGUCGUCUCAGAGAGCUUGAUCAUUAGGUCCGAAUCCACAUCACUGUGGCAGGGAGCUCCCAGAGCUGGCUGGGGCCUCCUGGAGUGUAGCUAGGGUCGGCCAGGAGAGUGAACUUGGGGAAUCCUUUUCAUGAUCAUUACACUUCAGUGCCCCCUGUCUGGGGUCAGGCACCAGUGCCCUUCUGGUCUUCACACCGAGAGCGGUGCCAGUCCUGCCUCCAGUGUGAGAAUAGUUCGAAGAAACACAUAGGCUGGCACAUAGGGUAAAGCCAGUGAGCCCAGCUGAGCAGUAAUUGUCAGCUAAGAACAGACCCAAGAGAAGAGGAAGAGCUACUUGUAAAUUAUAUUAUUCUGCUUUUUUAAACCCUUUCCCUGAGAAAGAUUCCUUUCUGCUUUUCUACUGUACCUUGUCUCUUAAAACACUUGAUUCUGUUCUUAAGAGUCUUGAAUCAUGUCAAGUGCUGGUGACUAAUAAAGUUUU